AUGAAGACAACAAGAGCUGCUGCCCUUCUUGGGCUACUGUUUCUCGUGUGCUUUUCUGAUAUUGUUUCUGGUCAACGAUGGGCCUCCUGCGGCGUGUACCGGAUGUCGGAUGGGAACAAUCUUGCCUGUCCCAGGGACUUCCAGCCGGUCUGUGGCACCGAUAACGUGACGUACCCCAACGAGUGCUCGCUCUGCAGAGAAAUCUUUCGUAACAGAGUGAUUGACAAAAAGCAUGAUGGAAGAUGCAUAAAGGUUGAUUGCACUGGCUACAUGAGAACAACGGGUGGUCGGGAGUCUCUCUGCACCCGGCAUUACAACCCAUUCUGUGCCACUAACGGGGUUACCUACAGCAACAAGUGCAGCUUCUGCACGGCGGUGGCGAAUGGAGAGGACAUCGACCUGUUCAUGCCUGGAAAAUGCCCCAAGAUUGACUGCAGUGGAUUCAAGAGCACCGAUGUCUACUGCACUGCUGAGUACAUGCCCCUCUGCGGCUCUGACGGCAGAACGUAUGGAAACAAAUGCCACUUCUGUAUCGCAGUUCUGAAGAGCCGGGGAUCCCUGACCCUCAAGCACCAUGGUAAAUGCUGA